AUGCUCCGCCUCAUGUGCCCACCGGGGGGCGGCGCCCUCUCAGUCACUAAUGUCUUCCUCCGUGUGCUGUGUCUGCUGGCCGCCCUGCUCCACGGCGCCUCCCCCUGCCCGCCCCCGUGUCACUGCUCCUCCGAUGGUCAGGUGGUGAACUGCGGCGGGCUGGGUCUGUCCUCUCUGCCUCCUCUGCACCUGUUGCCCCCGGGGAGUCGCUCGCUGCUGCUGGCCAACAACAAGCUCUCCGCCCUGGGCACGUCCGCCUUCGCUAACCUCUCCUCUCUGGAGGAAAUGGACCUCUCCAACAACUACCUGGAUAAUUUGCCGGGGGGAUUAUUCCGAGACAUGUCCAACCUGACGAGACUCACUCUGCAUAACAACUCCCUGACGGGCCUCUACAGGGAGCUGUUCCAGGGUUUGGGCGGACUCCAGAGCCUGGAUUUGUCCUUGAACGGGCUCUCGACGGUUCCGCUGGGUGUGCUGGACGAGCUGCAGAGCCUCAGGUGGUUAUCGCUGGCGGGGAACAGGCUGCACGCGCUGGAGCGGGCGGCGUUCGAGCCUCUGGUGAACCUGCAGUACCUGGAGCUGGGGCAGAAUCCCUGGGAGUGCGACUGUAACCUGAGGGACUUCAAACACUGGAUCGAGUGGCUCCUGUACAGAGGCGGCCGAGUCGACGCCGUGGAGUGCACUCUCCCCAAAGACCUGCGCGGGCGUGACAUCCGGACCGUCCCCGUCGAGAUGUUCAACUACUGCCUCCAGCUGGACGACGAGAACGGCGACGGAACGCGAGCCGGCAACAGCGGACCCCCGUGUAGCCGUAGCAACGCCAACGCCAACGGGGACGCGCCCCCCGGCGACAACGGCGAAGACUCCUCCCCCUCGAGUUCCGGCGGAGAGGGCACAUCGGAUUGCGUGCGGGCGCGGUACCGUCCCGUCAGCGUCCGGCGCGCGAUCGGCACCGUGGUCAUCGCCGGCGUGGUCUGCGGCAUCGUGUGCAUCAUGAUGGUGGCGGCGGCGGCGUACGGGUGCAUCUACGCUUCACUCAUGGCGAAAUAUCAGAGGGAGUUGAAAAAGAGGCAGCCGCUGAUGGGGGACGGCGAGGCGGACGGCGAGGAGCGGGAAGAAAAACAGAUCUCGUCGGUGGCUUAA